AUGCUUAGCUUGCAUGGUGUUGUUAGUAAAGUAGUUAGGAGCUUCUUGAAGCUGUUAGUGGCAGUUAGGGUUGUUAGUAUCAGUUGUGAAAUUCCUAAACAAGACAUUGUUAAGCUCACUGAGCAUACGUAUCUUUUAUGGAAACAUCAGGUUACUCUGGUGAUUGAUGCUUAUGGUCUAUUUCGGUAUAUCUCCAACACUGUUGAUGUUCCAGGAGAAUUUGUUACUGAUGGCCAACGUGUUGAAAAUUCAGCGUUUGUGUUCUUUUGGCAACAGGACAAACUGUUAGCUUCUUGGAUUUUAACCACUGUGAGCAUGGACGUCUUACCCCAUUUGACGGGUCUCACAUCGUCAUUAGCCAUAUGGAAUACCAUUUCUCGGCUUCUUGAAAGAUUAAGCUCCCGAGAUGUUGUUUCUUGGACUUCUAUUAUUUCAGGUUCUGUGCUAUGUGGAUCCAUGCAUGAAGCGCUUCUGGCUUUCUUUAGGAUGCAAGAAGAUGGGGUUGCACCCAACGAGGUGACAAUUAUGAGCAGUUUACAUGCAUGUUCCUUCAUUGGACGACUAAGGAUUUUACAGGGGUUCAUGCCUUGGUUUCAAAAUUAG